CGGGCGCCUUAAGCUUCGAUGUCACUAGGCAGCCAGCCCUGUUUGCUGAGGCUGAUUUGCAGGGCUGCUUGAGGCUGUAGGUACGAGAAUGAGUGGUGCGAUGGGUACCAGUGACUACAACGGGUAAGCGGCCUCAAAAAUGGACUAGCAAGGUCAAGUUUGCACUGGAUGCCUGACUGAGGCCUUGACGACAGGAGGAAAGGCGGGUUCAAGUAUAGACAGUAAUGACUGAUAUUGUGUAUAUAUUGAUUGCGAUGCCUCGAUGUAGAGGUAGACACAGUCAAUUCAAAGCAUCCGCACUUCGCCCUUCAAGUCGUCUAUCAUCCUUCUACGUCGCCUCAACAACACAACCUCAACCGAGUCUUUUAAUGAUGCAGCUCACGUCUUUCCUCACUGUGGCCUUUGCCUCCAUUGCUGCUGCAGCUCCCGACUUCGGCAUUGGCACAGGCACAAGAGUAACCGCCAAAGACUCUGCACAGCUCGCUUCAAUGACAAAGGCGUUGCUUGAAGCUGCGUCAUCGUACCAGGCCUCCCUGACAGCUCAGCCAGAAUGGACAUCCGCCUACUCGGCGCUGGUCGAGUUCCAGGAGACAGGCAAGAACGUCCCUGAGGGCGUCACCGCCACAGACAGGAUCCUGACUUUUGCUACUACACCGGACUGGCAAGUGAACCUCCUUGGCCGAGGAGGUAGUCAAAGGAACCAUGUACUGAUGAGGUGAUAGGUACAACGCCAUGCCCACUGAUCUGAAGAACUACAUUGAGAAGAAUCGAAAGGAGCAGGAUGAG